AUGGCUGAGGCGGAGCUGUUGGUGCCAUUGGCAGAGCUGUUGAUGCCUCAUCUGCCAAUUGCGGAGCUGUUUCGAAGUUUUCCUUCCCCCAAAGGAUGGGGUGGAAAUUACUUGGAACCGGAUUUGGCGGCCUAUGGUGUGUUGAAGGAUGAGAAUGCUGCACUGUUUGUGGAAUAUGGUGGAUACUGGAGGCAUGGGAAAAGGGAAGGUCUGAAGAUGGAUCAAAAGAAGAACAAAGCCCUGCUGAUGUAUGCCCCAAAAGGAUCCUAUGUGAUUCGCAUCAGCCAUACCAUCAGCAGACCGUUGCGGGAUAACGUUCUCUGGGUCAAAGCAGCCACUUGGCGUUCAGGGUGCCCAAAGCAGUCGUCCAAGAUUUACCAACACAUUCUCAGGCAAGCGAUAAAUCAACUGAAAGGGAGUCUGAAUCAUGACAUCAAGGAACGCUUGAGGUUGUGUGCAGAGAAGGCUAUGGUGGUACCAUCCACCUCUUCGCUUGAUUUCAUCAACGCAGCCAUAGCUGCCGGUAAUAGAAACACGAUGGAUGAGAUAGCCUUGUUCCUAGAAACGGGAGGAUUUGAUAAAAAGGAUAUUGAUUUGAUGCUUGAAAAGGCUCUUGUGCGUAGAACGUCUGUUGAAAAAAGACUUGCACCCGCACUGCUUUGGUUCUUGGACUUAGGGCUGACAAAGAGUCAAAUCGCAAAGGCAGUGUCCACUUGUCCUCAAGUUCUUGGAUAUAGCAUCGAUCAGAACCUGAAACCCACUGUGCAGUGGUUCUUGGACUUAGGGCUGACAGAGAGUCAAAUCGCAAAGGCAGCGUCCACUUGCCCUCAAAUUCUUGGCUAUAGCAUCGAGCAGAACUUGAAACCGACUGUGCAGUGGUUCUUGGACUUAGGGCUGACAAAGAGUCAAAUCGCAAAGGCAGUGUCCACUUGUCCUUAUAUUCUUGGCUAUAGCAUCGAGCAGAACUUGAAACCGACUGUGCAGUGGUUCUUGGAUUUAGGGCUGACGAAGAGCCAAGUUGCCAAGGCAGUGUCCACUUGUCCUCAAAUUCUUGGACUUAGCAUCGAUCAGAACUUGAAACCAACUGUGCAGUGGUUCUUGGACUUAGGGCUGACAAAGAGUCGAAUUGCUAAGGCAGCGGCCACUUUUCCCCAAAUUCUUGGCUACAGCAUCGAGCAGAAUUUGAAACCUACUGUGCAAUGGCUUUUGGACUUAGGUCUGACAAAGAGUCAAGUUGCAAAGGCAGUGUCCACUUGUCCUCAAAUUCUUGGAUUUAGCAUCGAUCAGAACUUGAAACCAACUGUGCAAUGUCUUUUGGGCUUAGGGCUGACGAAGACGCAGGUUGUGAAGGCAGCGGCCACUUUCCCCCAAAUUCUUGGACUUAGCAUCGAUCAUAACUUGAAACCCACUGUGCAAUGGUUCUUGGACUUUGGUCUGACAAAGAGUCAAGUUGCAAAGGCAGUAUCCACUUGUCCUCAAAUUCUUGGCCUUAGCAUCGAGCAGAACUUGAAACCCACUGUGCAGUGGUUCUUGGAUUUAGGGCUGACGAAGAGCCAAGUUGCAAAGGCGGUGUCCACUUGUCCUCAAAUUCUUGGCUACAGCAUUGCCAAAAACUUGAAAGCCAAGAUGUUGGUGCUGAAUGGAUUCCUCGGAGCGAACAGAUCCGCACAUUUGGUAGCCAAAUGGCCACAACUUCUGGGUUACAGCUAUCGUCGGCUUACAACUCGGCUGCAGAUCCUCGCAGAGCAGGACAAGACAGACAAGCUUACAACUGCCAUGUCCCUCACUGAAGUCGGUGGAGUGGGCAUCUUGGCCUGGAAUUAUCGCACGCGCAUCUACCUGUCCAUCGUGAAGGACCUGGGAUUGGAGGGACAUCCUGGUGAAGCGACCUUUCCGAACAUCAUGCAGAUCUCAGGUCCCAGGGUGGAGCCGAAACACGUGAUCUGCGCGGCCAUUGAACAUACCAUCCCGGAGCGUGGCGUGAAGGUGAGUGCUGGUGGCUUGGGAAAGGUCUUGGAUCAGAUGCUCAGGGAACAUCCUCAGUGCACCUUGAGCUUGGUGCAUCCCAUGUUCGGCGAUGUGGACUAUGGCGAGCUGGAGGACUUUGACGAAAUUCGCUGCGUGGUGGAUGGCAAGGAGCAGACGAUCCAGGUCUAUACCAUGCAGAGCGAGCUGAAUGGCAUCAAGCGCGUGUGGUACAUCCUGAGCCGGAUUGAGAGAUCCACCCGUGACUUUUGGGACCCAGUUACUAACGCCCCAUCGGCCGUGGCGGCCAUGGAGCCUGCGAGCAAACGGCCCAGAGAAGGGGAGGCCGACGAGGACGAACACGAAGUCUUUACGGAGAAGGUGAAGACGGCGCCGUAUCCGCCGUCCAUGACCAAAGUCAGGACUUUGCGUUACUUCUCCUUGUGGAACCAGGCGACGGCUGCGUUGAUUCGGAAGUUGAAACCCGACAUCUACCACUGCAUGGAUUACCAUGCCGCGUUGGCUCCGUUAUAUCUGGAGGAGAGUGAACAAAUCCCCAUCAUUUUGGUCCUACACAAUGCCGACUACAUGGGAGUGGUAGAGACAGACUUCAUCAGCGAUCGUUUCUGGAAGACGGUGACGCAGCUGAGACGUCUCAGCUUAAUCCUGAACCUCAAGGUGGCGACCAUCAGAAAGUACUGCAUGUUUGAGGGUCGCUUCAACAUGCUGAAGGCAGGCGUCACCUACAUCAAGCAGACGCAGGCGGGCUACGGCAUUUGCGCGGUCUCCGAGAACUAUGCCGUGGAGCUGAAGCGUGAGCGCACCUUGUUCGCCGGUCUGCCUUAUCUCAUCAGCUUGGACAACGCCACCGAUCCCGCGGACAUCCAAACGAGCAUCGAGAAGCUCCGCGCGCUGCGCUUCGAGGCCAAGGGCCAGCUGCAACGGCACUGCGGUUUGGAUGAGGACCCGGGUGCGAAGAUCUUGAUUUUCAUCGGGCGCUGGGUGAAACAGAAGGGUGUGGACCACAUCGCCAUGUUGACACCCGCCUUCCUUCGGAGUCACCCAGAGGUGCAAAUCAUCUUGGCUGGGCCGCCGGACGAUGCCUGCGGCCUCUAUGCCGGCACGCUGCUGGAUCAGCUGGGAGAUGAGUUCAAGGGCCGCCUCUUCGUCUGUACCAAGUUCUUCAGGCUCCCCGAGGAGCUCCGCCGGGGUGCGCACCUCUGCUUCACGCCCUCGUGUGACGUGGCGUCAACCGAGGCGGUUUACCGUGGAAAACGUGCAUUUCGGAACCGAGGUUCCGAGCCCUUCGGCUACGUGGACGUGGAGUUCGGCCUGCUGGGGGUGCCCUCGGUGGGGGCCGCCAUUGGUGGUCUCGGAAAAAUGCCAGGCGUCUACUUCCGGCAGCAGAACAGUGAUGACUCGAAGAGUUUGAUCGACAGCUUCUUUUGUUCUGUGGACCAUGCGCUGAAUCUGCCUGACACGGAGUAUUGGGAGAUGGCGCUGAAUGCCACCAAGGCGGACUUCCCCUUCGACACCUGGAGGGCCAACCUCUCAGGUUCUUACUCCAAGGCCAUCACAAACUUCAAAUCCUUCGCGGGGGAGGGCAAUCUCCUCUUUGACGCACAGCAACACGCAGAUGCUGGAACCCGCGAAGUGCUGAACGAAGCCAUGGCGCCGCGGAAGGCCACGGUGCUGCGACGGAUGAGUUCCACCGCGCAGGAAGCGAUCUUCCAGGGUCAAAUGAAGGGCAAGGUGAAGGAUGCGGAGCAACUGCAGAGUCAGAUCUGCCAGGCCGACCAACGGCUGACGGAGCGCAGCCACAUGACGCAGUGGCUGAUGAAGCCCUUCGCGCGGGGCCUCUGUCUGCGCAUCCACGUGGCGCCUCGGUGGAUGGUCGGUGGCGGUUGGGGGGAAGGUACCCGGCCUGGUAAACUGGUUGGUGGUGACUGGAACAUGACUGGAUGA